AUUGUGGGCAGAGGGGCGGGGGUUGGGAAGAUGGCGGCUCCCAGCCUCCUUAACUGGAGGCGGGUUUCCUCCUUCACGGGGCCGGUCCCCCGCGCCCGGCACGGACACCGGGCGGUGGCCAUCCGGGAGCUGAUGAUCAUCUUUGGAGGUGGCAACGAGGGCAUCGCGGACGAGCUGCACGUCUACAACACGGUUACGAAUCAGUGGUUCCUACCUGCUGUUAGAGGAGACAUCCCUCCAGGCUGUGCUGCCCAUGGAUUUGUCUGUGAUGGUACCAGAAUUUUAGUAUUUGGGGGAAUGGUUGAAUAUGGAAGAUACAGCAAUGAGUUAUAUGAGUUACAAGCAAGUCGUUGGUUAUGGAGAAAAGUGAAGCCCCAUCCCCCUUCUUCAGGUUUACCUCCUUGUCCUCGGCUUGGACAUAGCUUCUCUUUAUAUGGUAACAAGUGCUAUUUGUUUGGUGGCCUGGCAAAUGAAAGUGAAGAUUCAAACAAUAAUGUUCCCAGGUAUUUAAAUGAUUUCUAUGAGUUGGAGCUUCAGCAUGGUUCUGGUGUUGUGGGUUGGAGCAUUCCAGUGACUAAAGGUAUUGUGCCUUCUCCAAGAGAAUCCCACACAGCUGUUAUUUACUGCAGAAGAGAUUCUGGGAGCCCUAAAAUGUAUGUUUUUGGUGGAAUGUGUGGUGCUCGCCUGGAUGACCUAUGGCAACUUGACUUAGAAACUAUGUCAUGGUCAAAACCAGAAACUAAAGGGACAGUGCCACUUCCACGAAGCCUUCACACAGCCAGUGUUAUAGGAAACAAGAUGUACAUCUUUGGUGGAUGGGUUCCACAUAAGGGGGAAAAUAUUGAGGCUUCACCUCAUGAUUGUGAAUGGAGAUGCACCAGUUCAUUUUCUUACCUAAAUCUUGAUACAGCAGAGUGGACCACCCUCGUAUCAGAUUCUCAGGAAGAUAAAAAAAAUUCAAGGCCAAGACCAAGAGCUGGACACUGUGCUGUAGCAAUUGGUACGCGAUUGUAUUUUUGGAGUGGAAGAGAUGGCUACAAAAAAGCACUGAAUAGUCAAGUUUGCUGCAAGGAUCUUUGGUAUCUUGAUACUGAGAAACCACCAGCACCCUCACAAGUACAGCUGAUCAAAGCCACCACCAAUUCUUUUCAUGUCAAAUGGGAUGAAGUACCUACAGUUGAGGGCUAUCUUUUACAACUGAAUACAGACUUGCCAUACCAAGCUCCAUCAUCAGAUUCUUCAGCAUCACCAAAUAUGCAAGGAGUCAGGAUGGACCCUCACAGACAAGGCAGUAACAGCAUCAUUCCUAACAGUAUCAGUGAUACAGUGAACAGCACAAAAUCUGAACAUACAGCUAUGAAAGGAACUUCAGUGAAAAACAAACCAGAUCUCAAAGCAUCGACUGAUUCUAGUGCCAUUUUACAUUCAUCUUUGGCAACUAAUGCUUCUAAUCAUAAUAGUUCUGUGGUGGAUAUGUUAAGGAAAAGUGAAGGUCCUCACACUUCAGCAGAUAUAGGUGCUCUAAGUAGUUGCCUGGACUUAAGAACAGUAAUCCCCGAAACUUCUGUAUCCAGUACUGUUUCCAGCGCACAAACUAUGGUAACCCAGCAGACCAUUAAAACUGAAUCAUCCAGUACAAAUGGGGCAGUUGUUAAAGAUGAAACUUCACUAACAACAUUCAGUACCAAAUCUGAAGUUGAUGAAACAUGUGCACUACCUGCAGCUAAGAUCAGCCGUGUAGAGACACGUGCUGCAGCGACACCAUUUUCUAAAGAGACUACUUCAAAUCCAGUGGCCACAGUGAAAGCAGGAGAACGACAGUGGUGUGAUGUAGGAAUUUUUAAAAAUAAUACAGCUUUGGUGAGCCAGUUUUAUUUGCUGCCAAAAGGGAAGCAAAGCAUCUCAAAGAUAGGAAAUGCAGACGUACCUGACUACAGUUUACUUAAGAAACAAGAUCUUGUUCCAGGCACAGGAUACAGAUUCAGAGUUGCUGCCAUAAAUGGUUGUGGAAUAGGCCCUUUCAGCAAAAUCAGUGAAUUUAAAACUUGUAUUCCCGGUUUUCCUGGAGCUCCUUCUGCAGUCAGAAUUUCCAAGAAUGUUGACGGUAUCCAUCUUUCCUGGGAGCCUCCAACUUCACCUUCUGGAAAUAUUUUGGAAUACUCAGCCUACUUGGCUAUCCGCACAGCACAAAUACAAGAUAAUCCAAGUCAGCUUGUGUUUAUGAGGAUUUAUUGUGGUCUUAAGACAUCAUGUAUAGUAACUGCUGGGCAACUUGCAAAUGCACAUAUUGAUUAUACAUCCAGGCCUGCCAUUGUGUUCAGGAUAUCAGCAAAGAAUGAAAAGGGAUAUGGACCAGCUACACAAGUUCGAUGGCUUCAAGGUAACAAUAAAAAAGCACCUUUAAAUUGAUUUUUUUUUUUUUACUGCAGCUGUUGUGAUGAUUAUUUAUUAGUAACUGGUUAUGAAGAUUUGUCAUUUAAAAGAGUAUUCUCUGACUGUAUUUCUAGCAGUUAUGAAUUUGGGUUUGUAAGUUGUUCUUAAAAUGUAUUUGCUCAAUUCUAGAUCCAAAUAAAAAUAGAAAAGAAGCAAAGCCUCUGAAAAUUAGUAUAUGAAUUCUUCUUUACAGUUAUAGCUCUUUUAUAAAGAAAAAUAGUAAAAUUAAGAUCAAAGCUGGAAGGCUUUAUUAUUCCAAUAUCUUUUAUAAGGGCCAUGUAACUCAGUCAUCCUAGAGUUAUUGAGAUGAUCCUCGUAACUGGCUGUUGUACACUGUGCUGUCUGUGUAGUGCAUGUUCUCUACACUGUAAAGGCCCUGUCUUUGAGCACUUCCUCUGACUUUAUUCUACAUGAGCAGUGGUCCUCUCACUAUCUUCUACUGGAAAAUACUUGUGAUACUAAUUUUAGUAGCCAUUUGAUUCAUUUCUUUGUUUAUCUACAGUUAGCACAGAGCUUUAAGAAAUUCAAAAAAGAGAAGAGGCAAGUUCAGAAAUUCUGCUUUUGAAUUUUUAUCAUUUUCCAAGAAUCAUGGCAAAAUAUAUAAAGAGAAUAGUGGGUUUUCUUGAUUCAUACCAGGUUGAUAUAUUGGAAUAUAUUUUUGGCCAAAGCACUUAUCUGGUCCUCGAUUUCCUUAUUAAUAGAUGAGGGAGUUAAAAGAGUUUAUCUUUAAAGGUCCCUUUCAGCACUAAAAUUCUGUAUUUUCAUCAGAAAUGAAGUAUAUCCCUAAACAUUUUAACAUCUGUCUUAAUGGAUCUAACUUUGCUUUUGCUGAAAUUAAAAUGUUCAUAAUUUAAAAUUCAAAGUGAAAGUAUAUGUCCUCCUUAUUGCAGAAAGAAAGAAGCACCUUAACAGAACACAAGUUUUUGAAAUAGUGUUUUAAACAUUUGUAAGAUUUUUGUAAAUGCUCUAAAUGUUUAUUUUUGCAUUGUUUUUACCUUGAAAUUGUAUAAACUUUUUUACAACAGAAAUAUAAGCAUUAGACAGCUUACUCAGGUUCCAUUAACAACCUUAAAGUUGCAUAUAGGCAUUAUGGAUACUCUGCUAUAGGUAACUUGUUUUAAACCUUUUAGGAAUUUCAUGUUUCCACUGCCUAUUCAAAUCUGGAAUGAAUAUAAAGAGCAAUAAUUGCAGAAAGGAUAUUCAGACUAAGAGCUGCAGCGACUGCAGGGGCACAGGCCUAUCUUUUUAUACCAUAAAACCUUAUGCCAGUUUAGGUUGACUGAGUAGCUGUGUCCUCAAACUUCAUGUAUAAUACUCCCAGCAAGGAUGGAUUUGAUUGUGCAGAAUUGAUAUGUAUGUAUGUUCCAGUUACUAAUUUAAAGUGUAUAGAAUAUUUUAAUAUAUAAUUUUUGUAAAGAACUGGGAUUUUUAUACUACAGUAUUUGUGAUUAAUGUGUCUCACUAAUUAAGUUUCUCUUGAAGAAAAUAUGCAAACUGUUAAGACACAUAAUGAAUGAUUUCCAAACUCUAAAGGUAAAAUAAAUGCACUACUAUGGUGUUGUUAGAAUACCUUUUUUGUGACUAUAUGAAUCCUUAAUCUUUAAAUGUGUACUUUACAAACAAUGUUUACAAGGAGCUUUUCUGGUUUGUUAUCCCAGCACCUCCCUUGGUGAGAGCUUCAUUCUACAUUUGUUUAACUCAUAUGCUUUGCUUUUAGCAUAUGCUUGCUUUUUUUGCACUAGUAGAAUUUUAACUUACCUCAUUAUUAUGUUUGUAAUCAUUUGUAUAGCUUCCAUAAUAUGUCUGAUAUAGGCGAAAGAAGUACUUAACCAAAGUUAAAAUAAAUGGUAAGCAAUUUUGCACAUAUUAAAUGCUAGGGUUUGUUGUGUAUAUGUGUGCAUUUAGUUACAAAAAGAGUAAGAAUGGAAAGUUAUGUUUCAAGCCCAACUGUUUUAAUGAUUUAUUUGCUGUAUUAGGAAAAGGUCUGGCUUUUAACCCCUUAUUCGCUGCAUUAACAAUUUGCAUCUUGAAGCACUUCUCUUAAGGACAAGGAAUAAGUUGAUUUUGAGCAGAGAAUAGAGUAUUUGUUUGAAUGUGUACAUUUAUGCCUGUUUAGUAUUCUGUUUAGUUUAGUUUGCUUAAAUGCCUCUAUUCUAGACUGGGAAGUGAGUAUGAACCUGUGGUUCUAAAAUAUGUCUUAUUUUCUAGAGGGAAAGGCAGUCUUUCUAUACCAAGGGAUUUGUUAAAAUAACAAAUAUAUUUACUUUGAGCAUUAGCCCAGAUUCUUAACCAUGUUUUCGCAUUCGUAUCUUAAGUACUAGUCACAUUUAUCUCUUGAUAAAUGAUUAGUGACUGCAAGAUGCCACUGAGAAAUCUCUGUGGCUUUGACAUUAAUAGUUAAUAAGAGAUCGUUGAGCUCUGUGUUUAUGAAUAGACUGGGUUAGGGUAAGUAACAAGAGAAGUGCAUUUAGCGUAUGUUUGGCACAUUUUCGAAGUGAAGAUCCCUUUGAGUAGCAGUGAGUUAUAAUAUGCAGCUAUCUUCCAUAAGAAGAUUUGCAUUGAGUUAAAUUACUUUCUUUAUUCCUCCCAGCUGGAUAAGCAAUUCAGAUACAUAAGCCUUGUGCCACAGUCCUCUUCCUGGACUCUGCAGUUUUGGUUCACAUAUGUAGUAAAAAGAUUUUGCUGUUGCAUGCUCUUAGAACUAUGUUUUCUAAAAUACUGUAUUGGCUUCAUUUUAGUUUAGUAAACUGUUUGGCAAUUUAACUAGAAAUAGAGUAUUAUAAAAUCACUUUUAUCUGCAUUUUUUAUAAAACCAGAAGUAAUCUAAUUGCAUGUAUGAGGCUCCUCUGCCCAAUAACCCAGUUACAUAAAUAUAAUCAUCUACGAGAAGAUAAAACUGUUGAUCCAUUAUUUCAAAGAUUUGUAGACUAGCAAAGAUUUGUUAUAUACCUACUAUAACUGAAGGUAUUUUUAUUUUUAAAAGUUGCAGCAUUGUAGCUUAAAAAUAACUUGUAACAUUGGAUAUGAAGAGAUUAUUCGUAUUUAAAAGUAUUGUAGUCAUCUGGUCAUAAAUGAAGUAGGGUACAAAAUAGACUUGGUUUUGACCAUUUUAGGUAUAACUGACAGUCAUGCUUUUCAAGACUAAGUUUAGGCAGUUAUAUGUAUUGUGUACCAAUGAUAUGUAAAAUAAAGCACCUUUUCUACUUAACCAAUUACAGGUGUUAUUUAUUUUGAACUACAUGGAAAAAAAUUGUGGUGGCAGAGUAAAUCUGUAGGAAUGUUGAUUUUAUAUCAUUCACUUAAAAUAAUACAGGCAGUCUCAUAAGGAAUGGAUUUGUCUAAAAUCCUGUUUAGGAGUUAGUGGAUUGUGUGUGGGAGUUACUUUCUGAUAGAAAUGUAAACUUAUACUAACCUUCACUGUAGCUGAACUAGCACGCUUAAAAGUGAAAAAGGCAAAUGGCUCCAGCCUUCUGUCCUGCUACGCCAUCGAAAUGGUCCUAGCAAAGGUCAGGGAUGACUUCUCAUUUCCCAAAACCAAAUUCUUUCAUGUAGUUAAUAUUGUCAUUUGAAACUUUUAAUCACUCCCUUGACACUGAUUUUUUCUGGUUUCCAUCAGAUUGUGCUGUCUUUGUUUAUGCACCUCCUUCUGUCUGCAGCACCCCCCCUUUCCAUCCCACCUAUCUCCAUUCGUAUUUUAAGAUUCACGUAAAUGUUGGCAACCUGAUGAAGCCUUUCCUGACAUACUCCAUUUCGAGGUAGAUUUGACCCCUUUUUCUUGUGUCCCACUGUUCUUUGUUAAAUCUUUUGUCAUAGCACCCUAAAAGCUGCUGUGUCCUUCAACUUGUUAGCACUGUUCCUCUCCCUCUGCCAGAUGGUGGGUCUUUAAGGCAGAGACUAGGUCUUUAUAUCUCUUCCAUAUCAGCCAUUUAAUUGGUUCUUAAAUAUUUUAACAAAUGAUUAAAGAAAAUUGUCACCUUUACAUCUCUCUCCAUAGUCUCACUCUCCUCCACAAAUUGGGAGGGAGGCUUUGAAAGGGAAAGAUUUUAUCAGGUUUAAUAAGCCUCUGGAGGAAAUACAAGCUCCACGUUUGUCUUACCCUACCCUGCUGUUACUUAGGUUCCUGAGAAAAGUUCUGAGAUAAAUAAGAGAUAUGUCAUAUAUUUAUUAGGCUAGAAGUGAUUUAAUAUGGGUGUAUAUAGAUUUCAAGAGUAAGUCUUUGAUCUAAAAAGGUCUGAGCAUUUACUGAGAUUGGUGGGCAUUGCUAGAUAACGAUUUUUAACAUUGAGUGACCAGGAAAUGAGCUAAAAAUGUUUCCAAAGUCAGACUGAUUCCAGUGGCUUUCCUAUAUUAAAUAGGUAGGUAGGAAAGCCCUACCUAUCUAUCUGUAAGCAUAAGAAACUUCUGGAGGACACAGAAUGCCAGCAUGGGAACCACCCUGGAUUCUCUUACAUAUCAAGUCAGGUCACUGUUGUCCCCCCUCUGAGCUUAUAGGACAGGCUUCUUAAACUACUGAAAAACAAAAUGACACCUUCCUUCCAUGUUUCCCAAUUAUAGUUGAGAGUCCUUACGUAUUUCUAGAACUCAGAAAGACUUUUUAAAAAUCAUGCCUGGAAAAAUGUGAACCACAACAUUCUGAGGAGAAACAAUCAAUUUUAUAAACUGAUGAAAGAACAAGGAGCUACAGCAGCCUCCUUAUUCAAAAUAGAUUUCUGUCUUCUACUUCUAAAUCUAUAUGAGGUAGCAGCUAGUGUUUGUUUUUGAGCAUGGAGUGACUCUGUCCGCUAGGAAGUCAGGGUCCAGAAAGUGUCCCGCUGUGACCAAGAGAAUUAUCCCUUCUUCCUCCUCUCUGGAGAGAAAGAGUGGAAGUUCCCUCCUCAUUUCUCGGUUUCUUACUGGAGAAGGGGGACAAAGCUAAAGGUAUAAUAAGUGCAUCCAAUUUGACAAAGAUGUGGAUGUGCACUUAAGGCAGCAUAGCAUUUAAGAGAGCAAGCAGGGCUCUGGAGGACCAACCUGCUGCUUGAUCUAAAAUCCUGCUGCCAGUUGCAGUUUAGCACCCCUGAUGGCAUUGUCUCUUCCAGCUUACAUAUAGGUAAGUUUUGGGGUCUCGUAAUUGCCUGGGAUUUUAAAAAUAGCUGCAGUGAUGUCUGGAACCUUCUGAAUGUUUGGAACUUAGCUGGGGAGAUUGGACCUGAAGGAUACACUUUCUCCUUGCGGAUUUCCUGGGAAUGUGUUGCCAGCCAUUUGCUGCUGGGCCUACUCUACCUCUUGCACCAACUCCCUAACCUAAGAUAAUAACCUUAGCCUGCCCUAAAAAAAAACUCCAAACAAACAAACAAAACCUUUAGCCUGCCUUGUUGGGUACAAGGGAUGGAUCCAACGUUUCAAGAUUUUUUCUUUUCAAAUUUCUCAAUUACAUACCAAAAUUUAUAGCCAAUCCCCUGAAUCAGGCGAAACUGCACCUUAACUGUGUCUUGUUUUAUAUGCGAAAUGGCACUGCCAGCAAUGACCCUGACAAACACAUGGUUGCAGAAUUGUUAUAUUUGUGUGACCAACCUGGCACCUGUUAUUGAUCACUGUGGAGAAACAGUCACUAGCCACCAUGCACGGUCUGUAUUUUUGGGUUGUUGAACGCAAAUGCUCUAUUAGGAGAAUGUGCCAAAGGGAACUUUUACUUUUGAAAGUCAACAGAAUUCUAUUAAGAGGCAGUGUCUUUGUCAGCUUAUUUUGAGGGUUGCAUCACCUAUCAUUUUAUUUUCUGCUUUAUACAAAUAAUUAUACCCAGUGAACAAAGUAACCAAUUAACCAAAAUCAUGCCAGUGACUCUGAACCAACUUGGCAGGACAAUAUUGUAACACUGCCAUCUCACUAGGUCCUGACUCUCUGGGAGCCUAGUUAACUUCUGUGAGGAAUAACCCAUGUUCUUCCUUUUUUUUCAUGUUAUCAUAUACUUCUUCCCUCCAGUUACAAUAAUUGGCUGAUAUGCAAUGUAGAGUAGUGGCUAAAAUAACAGGAAAUGGUCCCUCUCUUUGUUGAUGAAAUUAUGUGUCACAUAACCUUAUAUCUUUUUCUUUUAAAAUGUUUAUUGAGAAUAAAUAAAAUCUCACAUGUAUUCAGUCUUCAGCUUAAGAACCAGAACACCUUCAGAUGUGUAGAAUCUGCCCCCUCUCCCUUGGUCUUCCCUCUACACAUACCACAUUGAGGUAAUUAUUCUGGAUUUUUUGUUAAUAAUUCCCUUGUUUUUAUUGUUCUACCAUCUAUCUUAAGUAUCCCUAGUAAUAUAUUACUUAGAUUUACCUGUUUUUGAACUUUUAUGUAAAUGGUAUCAUGCUGUAUGUAUUCUUCCGUGGCUUUUUUCUGACAUUGUUUUUGAGAGUCUUAUUCAUGUUUAUGCAUGUUAAGUCAUUUGUUUUCACUACUGUAUAGUAUUCCAUUGUAUGACUAUACCACAAUUUGUUAAUCUGUUCUUCUGUUCAUAGAGAUUUGGAUUGUUGUGUCAGUUUUUGGCUGUUCUGAAUGAUGCUGCUAUGAGCAUUCUGCCAGUUACAAUGUAAGCUCCAUGCGGGCAGGGAUUUUGUUUGUCUGAUUUUGUCUGUUUAACACAUUCACAAUGUCUAGAACAAUGCUGGCACAUGUAGAUGCUUAAUAAAUAUUUGAAGAAUGAGUGAA